AUGUGCCGGAAGCAACCGGGCAUUGCCAUCGGACGGCUGUGUGAGAAAUGCGACGGGAAGUGCGUGAUUUGUGACUCUUACGUGCGUCCGUGUACUCUGGUGCGUAUCUGCGACGAAUGCAACUACGGGUCGUUCCAAGGGAGGUGUGUCAUAUGCGGAGGGGUUGGGAUCUCGGAUGCUUACUACUGCAAAGAGUGUACACAACAGGAGAAAGACAGAGAUGGUUGCCCCAAGAUCGUCAACCUCGGGAGUGCCAAAACCGAUCUCUUCUAUGAACGUAAGAAAGAUUUAGUUAGCAACCUGCCAGAUGAGAUCCUUGGCAAAACACUGUCACUGCUUCCGACACGUCUUGCUGCUUCAACAUCUGUUCUGUCCAAGAGGUGGACGAAUCUGUUAGCGCUUGUAGACAAUCUUGAUUUCGAUGAUGACGCAAGUGUUGGUCGUCUUCCUCCUCCAGGCUUUCCUGAAUUCGUGGAAAAAACACUUGCUCUCUUAUGCAGCGAUACUUGUCCCACCUUGAAGAGAUUCUCUCUGAAAUUCAGAUUUCAGCACGAGUCUUGUCUCGUCAAGAGUUGGAUUCGCACUGCACUAGAGCGCGGCUGCUUGGAGCUUCACUUGGAGAACGUAGGUUGGGAUAAUAUACCGACUCAGUUCUUCACGAGCAACACACUGGUUAAGCUCACAAUAUCCAAAGGAUUUUAUUCUAGCGAUCGUUGUCUUGCUGAUGAUAGUAGUGGGAGGAGGAAGAGAAGGAUUUUCCCAUCACUCAAAACUCUCUCCAUCGUUUCAAUGAUGUUUCCAGAUUUUGAGACGUAUCAGUAUCUCAUCAAUGGCUGCCCUGUGCUUGAGGACUUGUCCCUGCAUUUUCACGAGAAGACAUUUCCUCCGAAUUGGAGUGGUGGCGUGUUGUGUCCUUCUGUCAAGCGGAUGAACAUCUAUCACUAUUUUCCCUCUUUACCGUGA